AGAAGUUUCUAUCGAGUAAGAUGAUAGUGACUCUCCUUUCAACAAAAAGUCACCAUAACUGGAUUCAUGGAUAAUAUAAUAUAUAUUCUGAGCUUCUCUUUGUGGGCCUAUUUAUGCCAAGUUGGUGACACUUUCUCCAUCAAACAACAUCCAGCCCUUCAAGUCGCAUUCAGCAAUGAGAUACUUUCCAUCGGAUGUGAAAUCGUAUUACCAAGUGGAGCAGCAGAAUUACCCGUUAGUUCAUGGUUGUAUCAUUAUAGUGUUUAUAAAUCACUGAGCAUUAAAGGGGAUAGAAUAAAAAAUGGUUCCAUCUCCUUGAUUAUAAGCCAUGAUUUUAGCGCACAGAGAGAAUCAUCUAUGUAUUACUGUCAAAUGGAAUAUAAAGGAGAAAAAAAGACUGGGAGAGGAACCUAUAUACAUGUAAGAGCUUCUGGAUAUGUGGAACCAUCAGUUGAUUCUUCCCAUACACUUCGUUCUUGGCUGAUCGCUUUAUGUGUUCUUCUUCUGCUGUCGGCCAUUUCAGGAACUCUCCUACUGCUUUUGCACCUCUACUGGAAGGAACAGGGAAAAUCCUUCCAUCUGCCUACAAUAUUUAAAAUCAAUGAAAAAUCUCCAGAGCCUGAGAGAUUGGAAGAAGGUGAGGGAAAUUCUGGUUCUCUGUACAUGUCUCUUCAUCCUCAUUCUGAAGAUGUGUAUCAUAUACUGGAUGGCAGCUCCUCCAAUGCCAAAACUAACGUCAAGACAAAACCUGUGAUAAUUAAAGAAAAGACAGAGGGAGUCAAUGAAAAAACACCUGUCAAACUGACAAAAUCUCCUGGAACUCCUGAAAAGAAACAAAGAGGAGCAGAAAAAUCCAAUUUAAAACAAGUGAAACGUCCUGGUUUUCAAGAAAAGACACCAAAAGAAACAGAAAAGCAUCCAAUUAAGCUGGUAACUUCUGGGAUUCAAGAAAAGUCACACGGAGUGACAGAAACGUCUCCUAUUAAAAAGACAAAAUCUGACGGAACUCCUGAAAAGAAACAAAGAGGAGCAGAAAAAUCCAAUUUAAAACAAGUGAAACUUCCUGGUUUUCUAGAAAAGACACCAAGAGAAACAGAAAAGCAUCCAAUUAAGCUGAUACCACGAGGAGAAGUCACAGAUAACUCCGUGUAUGAGAACCUACCAUCUUAAUUUGCAUGAAGUUGUGAAGUUCCUGUUCAUUAAAUCCAUGAAAAUCUUCAAAA